AGAGAUUUGAAUAGAAGAGAGGGGGGUCAAUAUUAGUAAAUAUUAGUAGGUUUAUAUGGGUAUAUUGAGUGGUGUUGCGCAUGGCGGUCGUCAUGUGGUCGGGGACAACACUCCACCUUCCCCUUCCCCGUGUGGCGCUCACGCCGACCUCAAGAUGCCGCAGUUUUGUAACGGCAAGAUAACCAAGCAGACGGCUGAACAGCCCGAUGAGUUCGAAAACUCCAUCGGGCAGACUCUGCUCGACUUGGAGAUGAACUCGGAGCUAAAAGCACAGCUUCGAGAACUCUCAAUUACUGGAGCCAAGCAGAUUGAUGUUGGGGACAAGAAGUGCAUUGCAAUAUUUGUACCUGUGCCACUGCUGCGUGCAUUUCAACGUGUACAACAGCGCCUGGUGCGUGAACUGGAAAAGAAAUUUAGCGGCAAACAUGUUGUUGUGAUUGCACAGCGCCGCAUUCUAGCGAAGCCAACUCGCAAGAUGAAGAACCCUCCUAAGCAAAAGAGACCCAGGAGCCGGACUUUGACCUGUGUGCACGAUGCCAUUCUGGAGGAUCUUGUCUUCCCUGCCGAGAUUGUGGGCAAGAGGAUCCGAGUUAGACUUGAUGGCUCCCGAUUGAUCAAGGUUCAUCUUGACAAGGCACAGCAAACUAACAUCGAGCACAAGGUCGACACAUUUGCUGCUGUCUACAAGAAGCUAACUGGCAAGGAGGUGAACUUCGAGUUCCGGGAUACCUAUCUGUAAACGUUAAAGUAAAUGAAGAAAAAAAAAAUAAAUUUUAUUUUUAUCCCAAAAUUGAUACACAAAAAAAGAUAUUCCGUU